AAACCCAUUCAAAACGCCGCCGUAUCGUAAAACCCUAAACCCUAGACGACGACGACCUAGAACCAUCUUUACAACCAUCUUCUAGACACUUCCUUUCCUUCUAUAUCUUCCCAUUUUAACGGACGCAGCAGUCCGAUCGUCCUGCAAUACCCAGUGCCGUAUCUACUGCUGCUGCUUCUUCAUUUUCCAGUUCAGAGUGCUUUGCUCCAAUUCCUCUUCAUUCUCAAUUCAUUAUGUAUCGAUUCGCAGCUAAUCUUGCUUCCAAGGCCAGGGUCGCGAGAAACAGCAGCCAACAGGUCGUUAGUAGAUUGGGUGGGAGCAGAAACUAUGCGGCAAAAGACAUUAGAUUUGGUGUCGAGGCAAGGGCUGCAAUGCUAAAGGGUGUUGAGGAGCUUGCUGAAGCUGUUAAAGUAACUAUGGGUCCCAAGGGACGAAAUGUAGUGAUUGAACAAAGCUGGGGUGCUCCAAAAGUGACCAAAGAUGGAGUGACUGUUGCUAAGAGCAUUGAAUUUAAGGACAAAGUGAAGAACAUUGGUGCUAGCCUUGUGAAGCAGGUUGCAAAUGCUACAAAUGAUGUUGCUGGUGAUGGUACUACCUGUGCUACUGUUCUCACUCGUGCCAUAUUUAUGGAAGGCUGCAAAUCAGUAGCAGCUGGAAUGAAUGCCAUGGACCUCAGACGAGGAAUUUCCAUGGCUGUUGACUGUGUGCUUACAAACUUGAAAAGCAGAGCUAGAAUGAUUAGCACUUCUGAGGAGAUUGCUCAGGUUGGUACCAUUUCUGCAAAUGGAGAAAGGGAAAUUGGUGAACUAAUUGCAAAGGCAAUGGAGAAAGUUGGAAAAGAGGGUGUUAUCACAAUUCAAGAUGGGAAGACCUUGUUCAAUGAACUGGAAGUUGUUGAGGGGAUGAAGCUGGACAGGGGCUAUAUAUCUCCAUACUUCAUUACAAACCAAAAGAACCAGAAAUGCGAAUUGGAUGAUCCUCUUGUUUUAAUUCAUGAGAAGAAAAUUUCAAGCAUAAAUGCUAUUGUGAAAGUUUUGGAAUUGGCUUUGAAGCGGCAAAGGCCUCUUCUGAUAGUUGCUGAAGAUGUUGAAAGUGAUGCACUUGCAACUCUCAUCCUUAACAAGCUUCGAGCUGGAAUUAAGGUUUGUGCUGUGAAAGCUCCUGGAUUUGGUGAAAACAGGAAAGCUGGUUUGCAUGACCUUGCAGUUUUAACUGGUGGACAGGUCAUAACUGAGGAACUUGGAAUGAACCUUGAUGAUGUUGAGUUGGAUAUGCUGGGUUCAUGCAAGAAGGUUACCAUAUCUAAGGACGAUACUGUUAUACUAGAUGGAGCUGGUGCAAAGAAAUCCAUAGAAGAACGAUGUGAGCAGAUUAGAUCAUCAAUUGAAUUGAGCACUUCUGAUUAUGAUAAGGAGAAAUUGCAAGAAAGGCUUGCUAAGCUUUCUGGUGGUGUAGCUGUGCUUAAGAUUGGCGGAGCUAGUGAAGCGGAAGUGGGAGAGAAAAAAGAUCGGGUGACAGAUGCUUUGAAUGCUACUAAAGCAGCUGUAGAGGAGGGAAUCGUGCCCGGUGGAGGAGUUGCUUUGCUCUAUGCAUCUAAAGAAUUGGAUAAGCUGCCAACAGCAAACUUCGAUCAGAAGAUUGGUGUUCAGAUUAUCCAAAAUGCAUUGAAGACUCCGGUUCACACAAUUGCUUCCAAUGCUGGCGUUGAAGGGGCUGUCAUUGUGGGCAAGUUGUUGGAAUCAGACGAUCCAGAUCUCGGAUAUGAUGCAGCCAAAGGUGAAUAUGUAGAUAUGGUAAAGGCUGGAAUUAUAGACCCUCUAAAGGUUAUUAGAACAGCACUUGUAGAUGCUGCCAGUGUCUCGUCUUUGAUGACGACUACGGAAGCGAUUGUGGUGGAAUUGCCUAAAGAUGAUAAGGGCGGCCCAGACAUGGGCAUGGGUGGUGCCCCCGGGGGCAUGGGGGGCAUGGAUUACUAAGCUUACUGCACAUUAUUUUGAGGACAAAUGUCAAAAAAAAAGAGCACAUUAAUUUAAUCGACUAUUCUUAUUUAUUCCCAAGUUUUGACAAUAUUUUGGGUAGGGCCCUUGGCUCUUGUUGUAAUUGUUCAGACAUUGUUUUUAACCUUGGAUGAGAAAAAACAUCUCAUUCUUCAUAACGGGAGUUUACUCGCACGAUAUAAGAUCAGUUGGUAUCGACG